GGACUGCUUUCUACUGUAUACAGAUUAGUCCGAUGUUAGCUAGCCUACAGUAGGUGGAGGAAAAGCUACAAUGGGGGCUAUUCAAUUCUGGUCCUGGCGGGCUGAAAUAUUUCUGGUUUUCUUCCUCACCUUCUAAUCAGGGAUUGGCUCAGAGUUGGGACACCAGUUUGCCAGCCAGGUGUUACUGACCCCGUAUGGAAGAGGACCUUCCCCCAGCAGUGACAUGCGAGGGUUUCACUCCAAGCUGGACUCGUCAUCCUCAGCUGGGGUGGCUGGGGGCUCCGUGCCCCUGAGCCUGGCUGUGGAGACGGAGAAAGCCCAGGCUCUGCUCCAGACCUUCUCCUCUGCCUCCUUGCUGGCCAGCACUGGGAUUGGGGCCUUCUGCCUGCUGGCUGAUCAUGUCCUGCAGCUGAACGCACUCCAGCACCACCUGUGGCUGCGGGCGGUGCUGGACAACACUGUCCACGGGGUCAUAGGCCUCUGGUCCUGGGCCAUUGUCAUCGGAGUCAGGAAGAAGAGCGACUUCUAUGAAGUUAUCUUAGCAGGGAUUCUGGCCUCUCUUAUUGACCUGGACCACUUUUAUAUGGCUGGCUCCCUCUCUCUCAAAGCAGCCACCAGCCUCGCCCACCGCCCCCCCCUGCACUGCUCCACCUUCAUCCCCAUCCUGUGCCUGUCUCUCCGGCUGGUUCUUUGGCUGGGCAGGCUGAAGGACUCCUGGUGCUCUCUGCCCUGGAUGCUGUUCAUCUCCCUGGCCUCACACCACAUCAGGGACGGGGUUCGCCACGGCCUGUGGGUGUGUCCGUUCGGUAACACAGCGCCCAUCUCCUAUUGGCUGUACGUGAGCAUCACGGCGACGAUGCCACACCUCUGCUCCGUGCUCAUGUACCUGACAGGAACUAGAGAGGUGAUCUCCACUAAACAUGGCAUUGCCAUUGACGUCUGACGGACAGGAACUAGAGAGGUGAUCUCUACUAAGUACAGCAUCAACAUCUGACGGACAGGAAGGUCCAACACUAUGAUGCUUUUCAAAUGGCACCCUCUUCAUUGGUUGUGCCCUUCUCCAGACCACAGCCCUGUUUCCUGUAUAGUGCGUCACUUUUGAGCAGGGCCCUAUUCCUUAUAUUGGGCACUUUUGAAGUGUAGACAACGUCAGCCCCAUUCGAUCCUGCUCUGAUCAGAAGUAGUGAACUAUAAAGUGAAUAGUGUGUCAUUUGGGAGGCAUUACUUCCUACCAUGCCAUUACCAUGGAAACUUCUUCCACUUCUCUUCCUCUCCUUCUGUCUGUCUGUCUGCCUUCCUUUAGUCCUUCACUCUCUGUCUGUCAGGCCAGGAGGAGGUGUUUUAGCUGUCUGUCUGUCAGGCCAGGAGGAAGUGUUGUAACUGUCUGUCUGUCAGGCCAGGAGGAAGUGUUGUAACUGUCUGUCAGGCCAGGAGGAGGUGUUGUAACUGUCUGUCUGUCAGGCCAGGAGGAGGUGUUGUAACUGUCUGUCUGUCAGGCCAGGAGGAGGUGUUGUAACUGUCUUUCAGGCCAGGAGGAGGUGUUGUAACUGUCUGUCAGUCAGGUUAUGAGGUUGUUGUGUCUGUCAUUGAAGGUGUCAUGACUGUGUCAAGCCAGGGGGAGAUGUUGUAACUGUCAUUCAGGCUAGGAGGAGGUGUUGUAACUGUCAUUCGGGCUAGGAGGAGGUGUUGUAACUGUCAUUCGGGCUAGGAGGAGGUGUUGUAACUGUCGAUCAGGCUAGGUGGUUUUGUCAUGUCUGUCAGGGAGUCGAGUAGUGUUAGACUGGGUCACUUUGGGUCAGCUGGACCCAGAGUGCCUUGAAUUCUAAAAUGUCUGCAACUAUUUGAUGGAUAUGGCAACGUGACGGAUGACAUCAUUUUGUGUUUUAUUGAUGGUGUAAAACAGUCUCAGUUGGUGCUCUGGAAUCUUCUAGAAGUAUUUAUUUAUUUAUUUUGAUCUGGUGACUGCCAAAUGAGCUGUGUAAAGUCAGACUAGCCCCAACAAUCACCCCUCAUUCAAAGUCUACCUAAUUAAUGGGAAGAGUGACUGUCCAGGAUUUGUAUAAAUGACCCUUAGCAUGAUUUAAGUCCACAUCUGCGUUCAAUAUACUAUUGUUAAUUUACUCAUGUUGCCUAUAUUUUGGUGGUUACCUAUUUCUUUACUGAGUUGGAAAAUGAAUGGGAAAAGGGGACAACUCUGUAUGAGGCAGAACAUCUUCAGGAACAGAAGUGUUUCAAUGUGUUUGUGUUGGAGCCUCCAGUGGCUUCAUGAACCGUGUAGAAGACAUGAAGUCUUGAUGUCAAAUGCAUAACCCUGGCAGAGGAACACCAGGGAACCUGCUCAGUGUUCUGUUGUUAAGGUCUCAUCUGUUCUUAUUCAUAUAGUCCAGGAAAGAUAAAAUUUUUAGGAACAAUAUUUAUAUACUCUUUUACUAAUUUUAUAUUUCAAUUAUUUCUGUCUACCAUUUACUCUGGCUGUUCUGAUCAGUAAAUUGUUCUUAACGAUUGUCACAUUUAUGUAGUGUACUUCUUUUGACCUGGGCUUUAUGGGCCACAGUAAAUAUAGUAAAAAGGAAGUGUGCCACUGCCAACCAUAGAGAAUGAUAGAGGCCCCUCUCAUCCUCCAUGGUAAAUGACCAACCUGUGUGGGAUCAGUGCAGUUUGAUCAUUGGCCUGAAGGAGGCAUCAGAGAGUCACAAUGGUACUCUGAAACUGUCCCUGUCUGAUCUGCAUUGAAACUAUUUUUGCUGCUCUUUUUAAUUGACAAUGUGUACUUAAUUCACACAAUAUGUUGCAUUUUGCACAUGUUUAUUUAUUUAUAGUAAUGUUAUUUGUUGAAUGUAUAUGUUGUAUUUAAGUCUUACUUUCAUAUUGAUACCCUAAAGACACUGGUUGCAGUGAAAGUUGUGAUUUGUUUCCUGAAUAAAUAUUCCUUGUUGACCACA